AUGGGCCAUAAUCCGCAUUCUUAUCUCAUAGGCGAUGACCCAACUCUCGCGUCUGCUGAGAUGAACGACAUCUGGGAAGACCCGUUUCUCAGCACUGCAAAUAUCCCAUCACGUAACGACUAUUCUGCACUCCCACGCCCUACAGGCAACAUCGCCGGGGUAUAUACAGCAGACGAACUACAUCCCUCAUAUUUGCAUGUUUCCCUCUCUACCUAUACGCCCAAUAUACUCGACAAACUACCAGGCAGAAACCAGCCGCUCGGCCUGACACCUUGGGCCACACCUUGGGAGGGAAAGGGCACCAGCCAAUUUCUCGAAGAGCUUCAUGUUAGCCAAUCGUUCUACAAUACUUCAGACGACGACAUCGAAUCUGCACCAGUACCCGGGUUAACGAGGUCUCCUGCUUCAUCGGCUCGAACAAUGCUGACACCUCCAACAACUCCAACCACCUCAACAACUUCAUCACCACGUUCUCGCCAAAAAAGCAAACGGCGCUUGUCUUCCCACAAGGCCCCUUCGCCGCCUAUAAAAUUUGUUCACGAUGAAUUAUCCAUGCCUGCCAACUUCCAGGCAAAUCCAAACGCCCACGCUCGCUUUAAAUAUCACGAUGACGGCACUCGCGAGUACCUCAACUCACCACGGAAACGACAAAAGGUCUCAUCGAUAUGA